AUGGCGAGAACAAAAAAAGUUGUUUCUAAAAGAAUAAGGAAACAACAACUUAAAGAAUGUGCCAAAAAAAUGCAAGAGUUGAAAAAGGCAAGGAAAAGUUUGCAAAACGAACAGAUUCUGCCAGUAAAAUCAAUAAGCGACUUAGAUGCGAUUCCGGCAACGAAUGUGAAAGAAACCAAUCAUUUGGUAUUAGAAACCUGGUGUAAUAUUAAUAAAAGCAGCCAACUACAGGAUCAUGAAGAAACACAUAACGUCGAUAAAGUUUCUCAAAGUAGUGAAGUUAUUGAACAACAACUUAAACAAAUUAAGGAUGUUUCAAAUGAAAAUACACGCAAAAGAAAAUUUACCGAUGUAAAUAAUGAUAAUAAUAUAGAUAAAGAAAAACCAGAGUCUGUCAACGAACUAUGGGAUUUACCUUGUGAAGUAGCAACACAAGGACAGCAAAUUGAGAAAAUAAAAGAUGGGAAUCACAGAAUAGUGGAUUUCAAAUAUUUUACCGAAGAGCUUAUGCGAAUAUCCAGCCACAAAUCACUAUUCCAAUGUUCUUUUAACACCAUGGAGCUAAUUUCGGAAACAAAGAAAGGAAGGCUUAAGACUUACGAAGAAAAAGUUGACCAAAGAAGGAGAUACCACAGAACAAUUAAAAGACGGAAAAACCGUGCUUUGUUGCCAAAAAAACUUGAUUUCAAUUACGGCGAAAAUGUCGAAGCACCUGAUAUGGAUGCAGAAACAUAUCAAAACUGUAAAACCACUUUUUUGAAAAAUUUAGAGAAAUGCGACGCCGAAAGAAAUGAAAUUCAAUCACGCACAAUUCUGCAGAGUGAGAGCGGAGAGUGGAUGGAGUUACGCAGGAAUCUUCUAACGGCGUCUAAUUUUGGGAAAAUUGUUAAAAGGAAAAGAACAAAUAGUUGUGCCAAUACUGUCAAAAAUAUGCUUUACAAACCAGACAUUGGGCACGUGGCGUCAAUAAACCAUGGCCGAACACAUGAGAAGGUUGCUCUAGAGCAACUAUCGAAAUUAUUAAAAGUGACUAUAGACCCGUGUGGACUAUACAUCGACAAAACUCAUCCAUUUUUGGGAGCAACACCAGAUGGUAUUAUAGAAAAUAACACCCUGGUAGAAAUAAAAUGUCCUGUAAUUCCUUUUAAAAUCGGCAUUGAGGCAGCCAUAAGUCAAGGCAAAAUGCAUUUAUGGAGGAUAAAUAAAAAAACAGGGGAUAUCGUAAUAAAUAAGAUGUCCGACUGGUAUAUGCAGGUCCAGGGACAGAUGCAUGUUUGUGAUGUACCAAAAUGCAUAUUGGCAGUAUGGUAUGGAGACAAUCAGAUAAAGGUAGAAGAAAUUUUUAAAGAUGAUGAGUUUUGGACUGAUAAGAUGGAGCCAAAAUUAAUUUCUUUUUAUUUUGACUGUCUCCUACCAGAAUUGGUGGACCCGCGUCACACUCGAAAGCUACCGAUUCGGGAACCUAAUUACGUAAAUAUCAGUAAAAAUAAAGAAAAUUUGAAUGAUCGAGAAUCAAUGACCGAGGAGCCCAUCAACGUAAUUUCUGAAAUACAAUUUAGUCAAUUUUAG